AUAGCAUUGCCUUAAACGCCGGUCAUACGAAUUAAAGCAUAAACAAACUAUGUCGCUCACCGAUGUCUUGGAAUUGAACAAAACGGAGAUGUUCGCAAAGAUCCGCAAUGGGUUGCCCGUGGUGCAGAGGACUCAGAACCUGCUGGACUGCAAGGACGACCUGCUGUUUGCCUGGCACGCGAAGAACAGUUGCCUGCUGGUUCGCAACUGGCGCUCAUCGCUGGCUGCAAAGGUGAAUGUCCAGUUCCAGACACUGAUUCCAUCGUGCUUUGUGAGCCUGGAGGUGGACCGCGUGCUGGCCUCCAACGAGGGCUCCCUAGUGGCACUAAGUGGACCGCGCGGCGUUGUCAUAAUGGAACUGCCCCGUCGCUGGGGCCCCGAUGGAUACUACAAAGAAGGCAAGCCAGUGAUCACCUGCCACUCCUUCGGCCUGGACACCAAGCUCUUCGUAAAAAAUCCGCACUUGGAAGUGCGCCAGGUCCGCUGGCAUCCGCACUCUGUGUCGGACUCCACGCUGAUCGUGCUGCUCAACAACAACACUAUUCGAGUGUACAAUCACUCCAAGUUGCGCCACGUAUGGCAGGUGGGUCCCACGGUGCUUCGAAGUGGGGCCAAUAACUCGCUAUGCGACUUCGGCGAGGUAGCCGUCGACUUUGACAUCGCUCCUGCUGCAAAACCACGUGUCACUCAACCGGAAACAGCCGGCAAUAACGAAACCACUUUAGACAAGAGCAACAAAACCCUUGUGGCGGCCAAAUCGCUGCCAAAACAGGAGAGGAUUGAGUGGCCCAUCGUUUUGCUCCGCGAGAAUGGAAACAUAUACAUUUUGAUGACUGCCGUGGACUCGGAGAAUACGCGUCUGCAGGGCCCCAUUACUAUAACGCCACAGGCACAUGACAAUUAUGGUCUGGAGUCGUGUGCACUCAUGAUUAUCCCAUCACUUCCGCCGACCCUGGUUAUAGCUGAGUCCAACGGAAAGAUCCACCAUGCUCUGCUUAUGGAGGCGGACGCCACUGAGAAAUCUUUCAGCGAGGUUGACGAUUUUGCGUUAAUUGAACCCGCCGAAUACGUUGUGCAUGUACUAGAAACUGUCAAACUUGAGCUGGGAAUAUCUGCAUCCGGAACUGAAAAAGGUGGAGACAACUGUCCCAUAUAUUUAAAGCGGGAUCUGAUCAAUGAGCUUCGCUACUUUGCCUACCACAACGCAGGACUUCAUGCCAUUACGGUCAGCUUUAUCGCAGAGCUGCAACGCUACUUGGAGAGCGAGUCCGAUGAAGAUCGUCUAGAGCUGGCGGCCUCUGCAAGUGCAGAGUAUAUUCUGUGCACAAAAUUCGACUCCAGUGAGACGGUGAACGCAGUCUUUGGACUUGCCCUAUUACAAAUUCCUGCCGGUAUGGUUCUACUGCUGGGCAGCGGUCAGGUGAUUAGUCUUAAGCUGGUAAUUGAUGCCCAGCUGUUGGUUACACUCAAUGAGAAUAAGCCAGUUGAUCCGGAAGUGUCGCAGCAGGAAAGUGGGCCAGCGUUUGUCGAUACGAUUAAAUCGCUUUUGCAACGUAGUGUUAACCAGCCCAUCUUGGCGGAUAAACUUUCCUCGCCAUCCGUCCAGGAGAGCUACGAACUGCUUAACCAGGCAAUCGAGGUGCUUCGCGAGCAGUACCUUAAACGACAUGACCUUGUGCGCGCCGCCUUUACACGCCACAUCAACCAGAUCCAGCUGAAGAAGGAACAACAGGUGCAGGAGAUCCAAAACCUGGAGCAGGAACGCGAACUGAUCAGCGAGCGGGCCCACAAGCUUGCCGAGCGCUUCGAGGAGAUUAGCUACAACCAGGAGCUGCUCGUCCGCAAGUGCAACGCCCUGAUGCAGAGGGCCAAUGCCUCACUACCCAAUAAUGUGAUUGCGGAACGGCAGUUUUCCCAGGAGGUGUUUCGACUUAAUAAGGUCACCCAGAGCCUGGCCGCUGGACUGGAUAGUGUUAAGAAGACGUUUAACAAGCAGCGCUACCACAUUUCCAAAACGCAAGAUGACCUCAAGAAGAACGCGUACGAGCUGCCGGAGAAACAGCACCGCACUAUCACCGAGAUACUUACCCAGCUAACCGAAGAGAUCGAUCGCCAGAUCACCGACGUCAAGCGCAUUAAUAAAAUCGUUGGCAUCUAAAUUCGGAUUGGAAAGCACACUGUUACAAUUUCACCACGUUUUCAUGAUAGUAAAGCCGUUGCGUAGAACUAAAACGUAUUUAUAAUAAACAUGUCAAUUAAGUCCUAUUU